AUGAAACACCAAUAUUCAAAAUAGUAGGACUCCCAGGAUUACGAAUAAAUGCGUGGGAUUGAAGACUUCAAGGACUUAGUUCUAAGGGUGUAGAAAUGGGGAGGAGACCAAGGUUUGGCAAAACAAUUGAAAUCCAAUUAACAGAAAGGGAUUGAUUCGGAAGCCUAAGUGAUAGAGAACCGGGAGAAAUACGGUAACAAUGACCCGAUUGAGAAGGAGUCGGAAUCCUUAUGUGAUUUAAUUUUGGAGUGCUUCGGAGAUACAAUGCUUUAAAUUUUAUUGUUGGCAGCUUUUGUGAGUACGAUAAUUGGAAUGGUAAAUGAAGGCGUGGCAACUGGAUGGACAGAGGGUGCAACAAUAUUUUUUGCUGUGUUUUUGAUAGUUUCAAUAACAGCUGGUAAUAAUUAUUUAAAAGAAAGACAAUUUUAGUAAUUGCGUAGAAGGUUGGAUGAGGGAAUAGUAUAAGUAGUAAGAGGAGGAAUAGUGGAGAUAUCAAUAAAGGACAUAGUAGUAGGCGAUGUUCUCUAAUUUGGGAUCGGAGACAUGUUCGCAGUGGAUGGAUUAAUGAUCCAGGGAUCUUCAGUGAAAGUGGAUGAAUCUGCAAUGACCGGCGAGUCUGAUGAGAUAAAAAAGUUACCCUUUAGUGAGAUGAUUCAACAAUCAAAAUUACCAUUAGACAGUCAUCAUUGUAGUCCCUUUUUGAUCAGUGGUACUAAAUGUCUAGAUGGGAAUGGUUACAUGCUAGUAUUGUAGGUUGGAUAAAAUACAGUUUAAGGACAGUUGAAAUUAUUGUUAAACUAAGAUAAUCCUCCAACACCACUCCAACAAAAAUUGGAGGGGGUGGCUGAAGAUAUUGGUAAAUUGGGAACAUUGGUAGCCAUCCUAACAUUUAUAGCAUUGAUGGGACAUCUAAUCUAUGAUGUCUUUGUAUUACAUAAACAUGAUUUCUUGACCUUGAAAACAUUCUCAUUUAUCAUCGAUGCAUUUAUGAUUGGAGUAACCAUCAUAGUAGUUGCAGUGCCUGAAGGAUUGCCACUUGCUGUGACUAUAGCUUUGGCCUAUUCAGUAGGAAAGAUGAAGGAUGAAUAAAAUCUAGUAAAGAAUCUUGCAUCUUGUGAAACUAUGGGAGGAGCCAAUAAUAUUUGUAGUGAUAAGACAGGGACACUAACUUAAAAUGUCAUGUCAGUCACUACUAUUUGGAGUGAAAAUAGUUUCAUUCUUAAGGACUAAUUGACUUCGAAUAAUAAUUUGCUAUCAAAACAAACAGUAGAAAUAAUGGCUGAAUCUAUUUGCUAUAAUUCGAAUGCAAAUCCAACCAAAGAUAAAAAUAGCAAUAGAUGGAUACAAAUUGGAAAUAAAACAGAGUGUGCCUUGAUUGAAUUAGCUGAUCUCUUUGGGUUCAAGUAUGCCAAUUAUAGACAAAAUGACAAGAUACUCAGGUAAAUACCUUUCAGUAGCAAAAGAAAGAAGAUGAGCACUGCUGUUCUCAAUUAAAAGAAUUAGACUGUUAGAAUAUUUACAAAAGGGGCUUCAGAAAUCAUAUUGGCAUAAUGUUUCAAAUAUGUUUCAAAAGGGGGAAAUGAAAUGUUACUUGAUAAAGCAAAAAAGGAUGACAUUCUACACAAUGUAAUUGAACAAUAUGCUUCUCAAUGUUUAAGAACAAUAGCCAUAGCUUACAGAGAUUUUGAACCUCAGAGUUCUAGUUUUAAAGGUUCUACAGUAAAUAUGAAGGCACAUAUUCAUCAAAUUCCAGAAGAUGAUUUAGAUAAGGAUUUAACAUUAAUUGCUAUUUGUGGUAUAAAGGAUCCCAUUAGAGCAGAUGUUCCAAAUGCAAUCAAAUUAUGCAAUUAAUCUGGAGUGGUUGUGAGAAUGGUUACAGGAGAUAAUAUCAUUACUGCAUAAUCCAUAGCCAAGGAGUGUGGCAUUUUGGAGUAAGGCAGAGCUCAAUAGGAAUUUGAGGUAAUUGAAGGCAAAAAAUUUAGAGAAUUGGUUGGAGGGUUGAUGACUGUUAAGGAUGAUGAAGGUAAGGAAAUUAAGAAAAUUAAAAAUAUGCAGAUCUUCUCCAAAAUCAGUAGAGAAAUGAGGGUUAUGGCAAGAGCAUCCCCGGAAGAUAAAUACCUAUUAGUUACUGGGUUAAUUGAGGAAGGCAAUGUUGUGGCUGUUACAGGAGAUGGUACUAAUGAUGCACCUGCUUUAAAGAAAGCUGAUGUCGGAUUUGCUAUGGGAAUUACUGGAUCUGAUGUUGCCAAGGAUGCUGCAGAUAUCAUCCUUAUUGAUGAUAACUUCAAUUCAAUUCUUACAGCUAUGAUAUGGGGUAGAAACAUCUAUGAUUGCAUAAGGAAGUUUAUUUAAUUUUAAUUAACUGUCAAUUUGGUGGCACUAUUCAUGUCAUUUACAGGUGCUGUGAUAUUAAAGUAAUCUCCCUUAAAUGCAAUCGAAAUGCUAUGGGUCAAUUUAAUUAUGGACACCUUUGCAUCCUUGGCUUUGGCUACAGAACCUCCAUCAAUAACAGUGUUGUCAAGACUACCGUAUAGAAGAACAGAUCAAAUAGUUUCCCCAACUAUGUACAGAACCAUCGUAGGAGCUAGUGUCUAUUAAAUAACUAUACUUUCCUUUAUUCUAUUCUUGUUACCAAACUACGUAGAUUGUUCUAUGCCACCAGAACUUUACCCUUCGAAUGUAGUGCAAAUGAGCAUAUUUUUCUAAGCGUUUGUUUUGAUGCAAGUGUUCAAUUCGAUUUCAUGCAGACAAUUAGAUUAUCAUACAAAAAACCCCUUUUCAAAUUUUUGUAAUAACCCAUUGUUUUGGAUCGUUUAAACAAUUACAGUGAUAGUUUAGAUAUUACUAAUUCAAUAUGGUGGUAGAUAUGUGAAGGUGUCACAUCUGACAUCGUCUUAGCAUCUACUGUGUUUCGGAUUUGGAGUAUUUGGAAUAGUUUUUUCAUUGCUAUUCAAAUUUAUACCUGAGAGCAUAUGUCAAAAGAUUCAUCUUUUCAGGGAAGAUGAGAUCAAGACAGAUAAGAUGGAUGAUACUCUGACGAGUAGAUUAAGGAGGAAGUCAACAAUGCGUUUGCAUACUAGUUAAAGAAGUAAAGUCGAGGGGGGGAGUCUAUAAAAGAUGAGUUCAUAAAAGAUAUGA